AUGAAAAUUGGCAGUUCAACACAGUUAUCAGCUGUUUCAUUCCAAGAAUUUGGGAACAAUGAUGCUACAUCGGCUUCCAGUGCUAUUCCUACCACUACCGCACCUGAAACCAGCAGUCAAUUUUCUGAAACCCUAAGGCAUUCAUCUUACCACGUAGCAAGCAACAUCAACAUCGAUGUUAUUGAUGUCAGGUAUGAUGUGAUCAAUGGUCAAACAGAAUAUAUGUUGGUGUCAGAAGUUCGUUCCAAAAUUGAGUGCUCGAUGAGGUGUUUUUCUGAAAAAAUGUUUGUCUGUAGAGGAUUUGAGCAUGACGACAGUUCUGGGGAGUGUAGUUUGGUUAGCGCCUUCAAGUCGGGUGUUAAUCGGUCUGAAUCUAGCACGACUCGCUAUCGUUUGAAAGAAGAUUGCCCUCCAGACACAAUCUACUUCUCUGCUUUGAAAUCGUGCUUGAAACUGAUUUCAAAUUCUUUCAGCUGGUACGAAGCAAGGAGGGAAUGUCUCAAGGAAAAUUUCCACCCUCUGAUCAUUGAUGAAGCUCAAUAUUUGUUGGCUGAUGUUAAAACCUUUGUUUGGAAACUUUUGUCUUUUUUUCCAGCUCACAAGCUUCUUUAUGUUGACUUUUAUUUAUUCAGCUUAUUUGUGAAGCGGUUGUUUGAAAAGCUUGCUAAAAAGAAUUUAUCACGCCGAAAUUUCAACCGAUAG